AUGAUGACGUGCCGUCUGCUGUGCGCCCUGUUGGUGCUUGCCCUGUGCUGCUGCUGCCCGUCCGUGUGCGUUUCAGAUAAAUCUGCCGCUUCUUCCAAAGUGACCACAACACCGACAUCAACUGAUCCUGGAGCUAAUGGAGGCGUCACCAGUCAAUCGAACUCUGCAACAGGUGUAGCACCACAGGAGACCGGUCAUUCAGAUCUUUCAACAACGGGGUCCGUUGCAAAUCCGGGAAAUGGUGGCGGAGAGGGACCAGGAUCUAACAGUACGGCAGUUCUGGAACCAAAAGAAAGUACCGAACCAAAUAAAUCACUGACAGAGGGUACGCAAGAGCAAGAAAGACAAAGUGGCACUAAUACAUCCGCAGAUAAAGCAGACCAGGAGGUCAAGGAUGCUGCCCAGACGACCACUACCACCACAACAAAGGCACCAAGCACGACCACCACCACUACAACACAGGCACCGAGUACUACGACUACAGAGGCGCCAACUACGACGACCACCCGCGCACCGUCACGUCUUCGCGAAAUCGACGGCAGCCUCAGCAGCUCUGCGUGGGUGUGUGCCCCGCUGCUGCUCGCCGCAUCCGCGCUGGCGUACACCGCUCUGGGCUGA